AUGGAGCAGAAUCAGAAACUAGAGUCGAUUGCAAGCCAUGUUGCAAAAACAUUCGAGUCCUUCCGAGGCUUGGAAGACGCUCUUACCGAAACGGAUAGCUUCGAUGGCUCCUCGAAAGGCGCCGCCCUGAGGGAACUCUUGCCCACGGUAGAAAAUGACUUCACCCGUUUCAAAAUGUGGGCUGGUAAUCAGGCAGCUCACCAGAGUGGCCCUUUCUCUUUAGAUUGUCGGCUUAAGGAAGCUCCCCAUUUACAGCAGCAGGUCAUACAUCUCCUCAUAGACAUAUGCGAAUCUUUACAGGAUGCGUUAUCCAAAACUUUUGCAACUCCAGACCCUUUAAAUCAAGAUCAAGAAAGGGGACGAGACCACCAAAAUACCCAAAACAAAGAAGCCUCUUCUGCGAACUCGGCUCGAGACCGAGAAUCGGAGUUCUCUGACUCGGAUUCUGAUCUUGGAUCUGGUACCGCAACUGUGGCAUUUUCAACGCUCGUAUUGGACGUAGGGGAGGCCAUUGAUUGUCUUUUACGGCUCUCAGUGGCUAUUGCGAAUCCUGCAACUCACGAACACUUCCAAAAGCUUGGCGUCGGGCCCUCUGAGGAUGUUUCCUUCUACGAGCCGCACGACAUCGCCUACGUCAGAGACAAGUUCCCAAAGAUCUCAGAUAAGUUAGCAAAUACUUUAGGAAGAUAUAUUACCCGACGACGCCAGUCCUUCAAAUACCUCCAAGCUCAUCAUGAGGAAUUACCUUCCAGCGCAAAGACGUUGGCGUCAAACAACGAGGCCGAUACGUUCUAUACAGAGGUUGUUCCAAGGAGUUUCACUUCCUCUCUAACUAGACCCUUCGAAACGCUGGCUACGUUUGACCCUCAAGCCUCCGUUAUUGAUGAAGACAUCCGAUCGGAUUCUGGAAUAUCGGAGAGGUCCUAUAUUACCUCGGAUGGAUCAACCUUCGAAGGGACGGACCAAGAGACGCAUAAACCUGCACCUCUGCUAAGAGUACCUCCGCGACCGAGUGCUGCGGAAGAUGGCACAUUCGAGUGCCCGUUCUGCUAUAAGACGAUCUCUGCCGGAACCAGAACAGAAUGGAAGCAACAUGUUUUUGGAGAUCUCCGUCCAUAUAUUUGUGUCUUCUCCAACUGUACCAACUCGAAUAUAGAUUUUGGCCGUCUCCACAAUUGGCAAUUGCAUUUUUCCAAAUAUCAUUGGCGAUCAUGGUCAUGUCCCUUCGAAUGCCAGCAACCAUUAUCUUCCGCCGAGGAGCUUAGCAGCCACAUCAAGGAUCAACAUUUUCCAAGCGGAACCGAAGGAGAAAUCAAGUUAGUUACAACUCUUGGUGAAAAGCCUGCCUCGGAAGAUACCUCCGGCCAUUGUCUUUUGUGUGGACACUCUGUCACGGGUUUGGAAAAAUACAUCAAACAUGUUGGCAGGCAUCUCGAGCAGCUGGCCCUUUUUGCGCUUCCAAAUUUUGAAAUAGAGAAUCCAAAGAGAGAAUCAGAGAGCAAAGAGCAGAAUAGUGUCAAAUUUGGGACAGGUGCUAAGAAUGUCUGUAAAAUCUGCCGUGGUGUUUUUACAACAAAGUCCAAUCUCAAGAGACAUGAGGACAGAAAUCAUGGAGAGUGGGAUUGGCAUGAUGAACUGGACCGUUUCUCAACAGGCCUAUUCCCAAUCCUUGAACCACAAAAACAGCCAAGUCCUGAUUUGCCUGUCGAGGAGGAGAACGAAAAAGAAGAAAUAGACUUCUACGGCCCUAAUAAGAACCCCGAGAACCCGCAAGGCCUGAGUGAGAAGGCCAAGGGCAAGCUUCCAACCACACAGAAAUCUUGGGAAGAUACUCAGCAGCAGACUGAGUCCCCCAAUACAAUACAGGACAUGAAACUGAGUCGAACCAUGGAUUCAAAGUCAGAAUAUGGGAAAUUUCCUGAUUACACUCCCUGGUCGAAGGGCGACAUGCCCAGUCUGGAGGACUUCAUAGAAGAUUCUGAGAGAAUACACGAUAUGCUUUCUGGGCAGAAUAUAUCCGCUAGUACAGUCGAUUUGGUAGAACCACUGUCGCCGUCUCUCAAAUACCGUUUGGAGGACUCCGCAAACCAAAUUCUGGAUGGGUCAAUAUGGAACUUAGAAAACGAAAACGAAAACUCUUGGUUUGGAUUCGACAAAGAUGAGUGGAUUAUGGAUAUUACAGGCCAAGCUCGUGGCGUGAGCCCAGGGAAAGCUCACCCAUAUCAACGUCCUCUGCCUCCGCUCCCUUCACAGAAUAAGGCUGCAGAAGUUGCCGGGGAAAUGUUUGAUACUACCUCUGAACGACAAAGAGACUCCGAUCUACAGCUUCAAUCCGAAGUUCAUCCUCCCCAAGUGAAAUUGACACCGAUAACCAGACAAUUGGCUGCUCCUUCAACGCGAUAUCAGGCCUCUUAUAACUGCGAUGAGUGUCCAAAGACUUUCAGCAGGGAAGUACAUUUGAGACGCCAUAAGCUCAGCCAUUCGCGUCGCGACUUGUUCUGCCCUGUUCCAGAAUGCAGAAGGACAUUCCAUCGCCAAGACCUGUUGAAUCGCCAUAUUUCAAGGCACGCUGAUCGAAGAUUGGGACUUGGACCCAACAAUGUGCUGUCGCCUUUGAUUGCGACAAGUGGCAUACCCCAGAGAAUGCCGCCUAUGAACUGGGUGUAUGGCAGCACCGCUCUAACUUCAGAACAGCCCGAAGCCCCGUUACCUGAUAUUCCGGCAUUCGGCGCAGAUAUUAGUCUAGCGCAGCCCGAACACUCAUUACCUCAGAUUCCCCUAAUACGAGAUGAAAGGGAACACGGUCUUGGCACUCUUACCUGCCAUAGAUGUUUUACUCAGUCAACGGCACUGUCGUGGGAACUAGGCAGCCAGUGGCUUUGCAAAGGUUGUGAAGCCGACGUAAAUGCAAAAUCGAAUGUCGAUGAUCAAGGCGACGGAGGCUCUGCUAGCCAAAUGGCAGAGAAUAGUCUUACUCCUCCUUAUGAGAAAUGGGAAUGA